GUCUUAAAUUAAUCGUUAGUUUAAAGCCCCACAACUACCUAGUUUUGCAUUUAUUUAAGUAUAUUACAAUUUUAUAUAACCUGAAAAUAACUCUUUUCUUAUUUAUUUAAAUGCAAAUUAAUAUAUUUUGUUUGUUACACCAAUGGUAUUCUACCAACCCCAUGGCACGUGACGUCGUACAUAUGUGCAGCUGCAAAUAAGGGGAGCCCUCCCUUCCCUUCACAUACCCACCACACCGCACCGUUACGCUAUCUUCCUUGCCACCGUGCCCACCAGACCUGAGACCUUUUGACAUGAAAAGUGAAAAGUUCGUUAUAAACGCGCGUCUUUACCGGUCCCACUGUUGUAACCUUUAAAUCUAUAAAUUUGGUGAUAAGGUCCGCACAGUGUGUGUGCCUAUGUGUUUAUUUGACUUUCGAUAACGCGUUUUUAGGAAAUUUUUGAUUUUGAAGUGAAUGGGCCUUUGUGCGGACACAGAACUCAGUUAUAAAUAAUAAUAAGACUUUCUUGAGAAAAUUUAGAAAAAAGGUUAUUUUUUUAUAAUAUAUUGGAUUAUUUUGGCAGCAGUGAAAGCAGCCCAGGAGGUUACCCGCUUUUCAACAAUUCAAAGAUUUUAAUGUGAAAACACCAUGGAACCGACACCGAACUACUACUCUAACCCGGCAUUUUGCCAGCAGAGCGAGUAUUUACCCCAAAAACGCGCCUUAAGUCCCCAAAGGGACCAUAGACUCUCCCCCAUUGGGGCUCAGUCCUCCCACGUGGUGUUCGAUAAUUCCCUAAGCGAAAUCCAUGACAAUUUAGAAGAAGACCAAGGAGAUAAUAUUGAGGAACAAGAGUUUUAUGAAGAAGUUAUUGUGGAUAAGAACGGCUUUAUCCAGGGCAAGAAAUUUGUAGUGGUGGCUCAGAAUAAUGAGGGACAGAAGUACAUCCAGGUGCCCCAAGAAGAUAGAAAAGGAAGCAGGUAUGGGAGCUCUCAGCAAAUUCCUCAUUACACCCUAUCGAAAUCCCCCACUAGACAAAAUCGUUACGAGUACAUUCCCAUGCAAGAACAAGAUCCCAGGGUGGCAAAGUCCUCACCAAAGCAAAAACAACUCAGGGAGGAGCAUGUAGAAGUUGUCCCCGGAAUAGUUCAUAGAUAUGCAGUAAUAGAAGCCGAAGAAGAAACUGAACUGACCAAUAAAAACGAACGUUACGCCUUAGUGCCAGUGAACCAACUGAACAAUAUCGUUUCACCCCAAAACAAUCCUUCCAGAUACGAUUAUAUCCAGGAUCAUGCUCAAAAACGACCGGCGAAUAGAUACGAAUACAUUCAAAAUACCCCACCGAAACCAACAGGCACUAGAUACGAAUACAUUCAGCAAUCGACGCCUCAAAAAACGAACGGUUCCAGGUACGAGUUUCCCACGGGAAAUUCCCCCAGGCCCGGUACUAAUCCCGUUGCUACCCAGAAGUUGCAUGAAAUUUUGUCUACGCCCAAGAAGGUUAGGACUCCAGGUGCGGGGUAUCAGGGACAAACUCCACAAAAGGUGGUACCGUUAAGUCCCCAUCACCGUCGCCGAAUGGCUUCCCCCCCGCUCUCCCCGAUCCCCAAGGACCCCUUCCAAACCCCCAGGAACUCACCACAACGACCCUCGAACCCAAAAAUCCAACAGAAACUAAACUACGCGCUCGGUUCCAAAACCUUUAACCAACCGGACAAAACGAAACCGAACACCGCGAUCGUGCCGCCCAUGUGUUCCAGUCCGGUCCACAGUAUUUACGGAGAAACCACUUACUCCCAAAAAUCCGAAUCCUGGAUGAAUUUAAGCACGAAAACGACCGUAACCGGAAAGGCCCUGGUUUAUGCGGCAUUUAUAAUGUUUCUGUGCGGCGUGGUGACCGCAGGAUUAAGCUUUUACAUGUUGUCCUUUAUGGGACGCCCGUACUAUCUGGACUUUAGUACUGUGGCGGGAUUCGCUUGUGCCCUUAUGGGAUUGCUCGGAUGUCGAUCCAGAAACGUUUAUUGGUUACCCAAUAGGAAUUAUUUGUCUGGUUACUUAGUGUUAAGCCUGUUCAGCUUGCUGACGUGUGGCGGUCUGGUGGUGCUCCUCCUCUACGAUCCGCCUCCCGGUACGGCCCUGGCAGACAUGACCUCAUCGGCUGUCUGUGGCUUUUCCGCCCUAACCCUACUUUUGGCCUGUGCAGGGGUGGUUUCUAGUUAUUGCUGUAAAUAUCCGCCGCCUGACAAUAGAGUGCAGCACUGCAGUCCCGGAUUAACUGUGUAGCUACUUUUUUGAUAAUUAAAUAAUUGAAAUCAUGUGUAGUUAAUAGGAUUUAUUGUUGGGUGAAUUAUUUAUUAUCAUAUUAGUUAUCUAGUACGGUAACUGUUUGUAGGCUACGAAUCUUAGAAGCAAACAUUGAGGCCCUCUGGUGUUUGUUAUAGAUUACUUAUGUUUUUAGGUACUUUUCAUCUGUGUGCAGGAAACUGUAAUUUUUAAAUGUUUUACCAAAGACACCACAUGUAUAGUCGUGAAAGAUUUAGUCAUAAUUGUAAUAAAAUUAAUGUUAAUGGUUUAAAAUUGUACUUUGACAUGUAUAUAAUUAAAUUAAGUUAUUUAUGACAUUUUACAUAGGAAUAAAGGAAUAAUU